CUAUGUUUCCAUGCAAUACGAAUUCUACAUAUACAUUCUAUUGUCAAUAUUCCAGAGCAAUACAUUUCAAAAAGGUGGACAAAGUUUGCAAAAAGUGAAGUAUGGAAGAGAAUGGAACAUAGAGAAGAUAAUGGAACAGAAAAGAGAAAAAUUACUCCAUGGCGUUAUGAGAUGGCAAGAAAUUUGUACAACUUGGUUAUUAAAUGUCAAGGGAGUGAUGCAGCUAAAAAGGUGCUUAAAGAGGCUUAUGCUCAUGCUAACGAAAGCAUAAAUAAGGUUCUAGAAAAAGAAAAAGCAGCAGAAAAGGAGGCAGCACAAAAGGCACAAGACGAUGUUGAAGCACAACAAACCACAAUCAACAUAGCACCGUCUACAUCAUCAUCAUCAUCAAAUGCACCACAAAUAAUAGUUGAAAAUCCACCACUAGUGAAGACAAAAGGAAGAAGUAAAAGAAAAAAAGGAUUCUUUGAGAUAAGGACAUCGUCAACAGCACCUACAGAAUUUGGAACUUUUACACCAAAAGAACAACUUUUUUAGUGACAUUGGAUUGAAUUUAGUGUUUAUCAAAUUAGUUAACUUGUACCAGCAAUUAGUUAACUUGUUCCCUCAAUUAGUUAACUUCUUCCCUCAAUUAUUUAA